AUGUUUGUACGAAAUUUGGCGAGAGUUGCAAGACAGCAACAGACAGGAGUGGCCAGAUCAUGGAUCAGAUCGUUUGUGCAGUUGCGAGAGGUGCCCACUGAUGUGUAUGGACAUACGACACCCAAUGAAUCAGGAGUGAGACUGUCGCUGUCGAAGAAACCGAAUGCCGUUUAUAUUGGCACGAUCCCAAACUCUGCGGUGGCGAGUUUUCGCCAGGCUUUUGAAGCCGAGAAAGAGGCUAAAGACGACCAGGACGACCGAGAAAUGCAUCCCAGUCAGCUGCUGGAUCCCGGCGAGUUCUCAUCGCACCAGAAGUUCCUCGACAUCGCUCAUAAAACCAUUGGCGAGCAUAUCCAGAACUGUCCAGUCUUCUCACAACUGGCAGCAGCCGAACAGGGUGAAAAAUCUCUGUUCUUCCACAUCUACGAUCUGCGACGACCUCCUCCACACGGACGGAUCCCCGAAGUCGAGGAUAUAGUGGGCACUGUCCGGCUCGAAAGCGGCAAAAUCGUGCCCAAUUCCUACGAACCAAACGCCAUGUACCGCUCAGUGACCCCCUACGGCAUCUUCACAGUAUCCGACUACCUCAACUCCAAAAUUGUUUCCGAAUGUGAGAAGUCAUCGUAG